AUGUUCUGGAAUAGAAAUACAAAAGUUCAUCAGAUUAUUUUGAUUGGAAUUUUCUCGAUCUGUAUUGGAAGUUCUGAGCCAUUUAGAAAUUUGAGUAUUGCUGAGAAUCAAGAUCGAUUGGAAUCUUGUGGAAAUUUCAAUCUUCCUCAACACUCCCAGGAUGCAAAUGGAGUCAUAAUCACAAAAGAACCAUAUGUAUUGAACAACGUCGUAACGUUCACAGGAAAUUCCACACAACUAGCUUUAGCGACAGCUACUGCAAUCUCAUCUCGUCACAUUUUAACAUCUUCUCAGGUAUUUAUUUCCGGUGGAAGGAAAUGGAGAUCGACUCAACAAUCUGCGCAGUGUUCCUCCGGUUCAGCUGAUCUUGACGUUCCAUCUGAAGUACUCAAGUCCAUUGAUUAUCUCCCCCUGACUCGAGCUACAAUAUUUGAUGUUUGUGACCCUACAAACAAAGACUUCAAGUAUACUGACAUCUCCAGGAAUUUAAUGCUUGCUGAAACGAAUGGAACGUUCAACGAUUACUUUUGUCUCGCAAGUGAGGUCACAAGUGUUCAUAAAGACGAGUUAUUGGAUUCAUAUGGACUUGCUUGGAAUAAAGGCACUUAUGAAUUGUAUCACAGAAAGUUGAAGUUUGUCGGCUACGGACAGGCGCCCCAUUCGAUGUUCACAGAAGGGUACAUAUCAAAAGACGAUUUCGCAAGUGCUUUGGUCAAAGAAAAAGACGGAAAAAAUAUGCUUUUGGGAAUUGGGUCAGCAAAUAAUCAAAAAAGCGUCCGAUUCGAUGGGCACUUUUUCAAAAUCGUAGACUUUAAAGAUACGAUUUGUUCACUGGCUGGAAUUUGUGAAGCUCCGAAAACAAUCACUACGACUACCACGACUACCACUACGACUACCACGACUCCCAUGAAUCAUCCGCCGACCACUACUACUUCUCAACUCCCAUCAACUCCCUCCACGUCAUCUGAAAACCGAAACAUCACGAUAUCAGCCAUCCCUCAUCUCAAAACACCGCAAACCAAUAUCCCCCCUAAAACUCCAGAAGAUUCCGAACCACAGGAAACUCCAAAUCGAAGACUAGAAAAGGAUGUUGAUGAGGAAUAUGAGGAGUAUUUGGCACGAAAAAAGGAAUCGGAGAAGGAUUAUGAAGAUGUGGAUGAUGAUAUUGUGGUUAGUAGGGAUUUCUUCACGGAUACUGGAAAACGAGAACUUCCAGAUUUUGUGCUGGUUUUGAUUAUUGUGAUGGUAGCUCAAUUUUUCGAAAAACUCCCAAAACUUCUUUACUUUCGAAUGAAUGAUCCAUUAGAGCUCCAUUUUCUUAACUAUUCAAUUAUUCAUACAAACCGAAGACCACCAAGUUUCAAAGCAUUAGGAGUGUUCUUUGGAACUCUUACAGUUUAUUUGAUUGGAGCUUUUAAUUUUUUUCUCAAUUUUCAGAUAAUCAGUGGGCUUGCAAACUAUAUAUCUCAAUGGUGGACGUCCAAACGAGUUGGAAAAGUUACAAGAACGCCUUGGAUUCCAAAAAAUUUGUGUGAAUAUAACAUAACAUCAAAUGGAACAAUUCCGGAGGCGAGAAUUUAUUGUGGAACUCCAAAAGGAUACAAUUUGUGCAACCGCAAGAUUAUCCAUUUGAUAAAAAUUAUAUACAACUUGAGAACUCUCAAUAACUAUCCAAUUCCAAAGAACACUCAAUUGAUAUCAAUAAAAAUGAAAGGAUUCGAGCAUGGAGAAGGUCCAUAUGAAUUCAUACCAAUUCUCGGAUAUUUUCAAGGUAGACAUGGUUCGAUUCCCUUCAAAGGACCAUCACCGGGAAGCUUUUUCACUUAUCAAAUGUUUGGAGAAAAUAGGGUUCAAGUGACAAGUUAUGUGGAAGAUGGUGUCAGUUAUGUUGCUGGAUUUUGCAUUUACAUUGAGAAACAAUCAUUGUGGGGUGUCAAUUUUCGAGUGGAUUUGAUUAAGAAGAUCCUGAAGUCAAGAAGGUAUUGGACGAGGAGUGAGAGGAGGAGGAGAGCGGGGAAUAAGGAGAGAGCGCUGGAUUCUGGAUUUGCUGAAAAUAACAAAAACACCGUUGUACCGUAUGAUUGUUUGAUUAUUUCUAAUGUUUGA